GGUGUAUGAUGUCUGCAGCACCAGCCACACAACCAACCUUAUGUACACUGCACAUUUGGCCUUCAAGGUGGAACUUGCCGUCUAUUGACCCCACAUGUGUUGCAGCAGUUUUCUAUCUGCAACUGACCAUUCCAGGGAAAUUUGAAGUUGUGGAAUGUACUAACCCCGACGUGUCUCCUAGCGGAAAGCUUCCCUUCCUCACGCAUGGCCAUGCCGCAGUGUCAUCCCUCCCAGCCAUCAUUUCUUUCGUUUCUUCAUUAGCAAAGUCUACCACAUCAUCAGGUGCAAGGGAUCUCGACGCGUCUCUAAGUACUCCACAAAAAGCAAAGCGAACCGCUUGGUGCUCGCAUGUUGAGGCGCAGAUUGGGAACCUUGUGGCAUAUUCAUUCUACUCUCUGAACGACAACUUCUGGAACCUCACAAACCCUGUAAUGGCAUCUAUGCUUCCAAUUCCGCAGCGCUACUAUGUGCCUGGGCGUAUACGUGAAAUGCACCGACCACGCUUAGAGGCGGCUGGUCUGUGGACACAGCUGGCGUCUGAACUGCAGAAAGAUUCCUUCGGGAAACGACAGAAGAAAGUUGACCCUAAAGACGAAUACGCGCGCGCAUUUGAACGGGAUAAAGUAUCUGCACAAGCGAAGGCAUCGUUUGCUCUUUAUGCGAACUUACUGAAUGAGCAAAAGUUUUUCUUUGGGGAGCGGCCCACGACUCUUGACAUUUAUCUGGCUUCGCACAUUCUCCUGUUGCUUGAUCCGCCAUUCCCGGAUCAACUAAUGCGAAUUACUCUGGAGGUUUCAUACCCGAAGCUCGUAGAGCACGCGCGGCACGUGCAAUCAGAAGUUUCACAAAUCCCGCCAUAUCUUAUAGCCCCCACUCAAAAACAGUCGUUGCUGUCGUUAAUACCGCGACCUCUGAGCAAUCCUCUCAGAACGCAGAAGAAACAACUGGACGAAACAGACCUUCAGUUUCGCCGCAUGCGAUGGACGUGGUUUGCGCUUGCUUUUGGCGGCGUGGCAAUCUACGUCACUCGAUUGUGUAUGAAUGUCGCCAUCGUAAAAGCCAACAGACGAGCUCGACGUGUGCAGACAACUGGGGCUGAAGAAGAAGACGAAAUGGAGGUUAUGGAUGAUGAAGGAGACGAUGAAGGAGAAGACGAAACGGAGGUUGUGGACGAUGAAGAGGGUUCAGAAAAAGGUGCCCAGGACAGGGACGACUAGUAUGAAUCCAGGGUGAUCUCGCUUUGUGAUCCCCCCCGGCUCGCACCAUAAUCAUAUAUACGACUUGAUUUUGAUAAUAGCUUUCGUCUUUUAGAAUUUGACCGGUGCCUCCCAACCUCACGUACCCAGGGACCAUUGAUAUUAACCAUAUGCAAUUGAUCUUUACAGUGUGACCAC